UACUCUCCUCCAUCGCAUUAUUUAUACUCCCAAAGCAAACUCACUCGCUUCUCCAUUUCCAUUCCUUCUCUAAAAUGGACGCUACGCCCAUCUCCCUCUCCUUUCCCUUUCUCCUCUCCCUUUUCCUCACCAUUUCCUCCUCCGCUCCUCUCCAAUAUCAAACCUUCCUUCUCACCUCCCUCCCCAACCCCCAAUCCCUCUCUUGGCCCACCCAGCAAGAUUCUGAAACCCAAGUUCAACCCCAUUCUCACACCACUCUCUCCCUCGACUUGCACCAUGUCGACAAUCUUUCUCCUGAUUUCAACUCCACCCCUCAAUCCCUCUUCAAACUCCGUCUCCGACGUGACGCUAUUAGGGUCAAAGCCCUCUCCACAAUCUCCGCCGUUAGUCAAACUAACGUCUCCGGCCAGCCUCGAGCUGCGGGUGAUUUCAGCAGCUCCGUCAUUUCCGGGCUUGCCCAGGGAAGUGGCGAGUACUUCACGCGCAUCGGGAUAGGCACUCCGCCUAAGUAUGUUUACAUGGUGCUCGACACCGGAAGCGAUGUCGUUUGGGUCCAGUGCUCACCCUGCAGAAAAUGCUACUCCCAGACCGACCCGGUUUUCGACCCGAAAGCAUCCACGUCUUUUCUAGGUGUUUCCUGUGGAUCCCCACUCUGCCGCCGUCUGGAUUCGCCAGGAUGCAACAACCGACAGAAAUGCCUUUACCAGGUCUCUUACGGGGAUGGUUCGUUUACUGUGGGAGAGUUUUCAACCGAGACGUUGACGUUUAGGAGGACGAAAGUGAGUAACGUUGCCCUCGGCUGCGGACAUGAUAAUGAGGGUUUGUUCGUCGGGGCCGCCGGUUUAUUAGGCCUCGGCCGCGGGAAAUUGUCCUUUCCUACUCAAGCCGGCAGUCGAUUUGGGGGAAAGUUUUCCUACUGUUUGGUGGAUCGGUCGGCUUCCUCUAAGCCAUCUUCCAUGGUGUUCGGCGAAUCAGCCGUUUCGAGAAAUGCGGUUUUUACCCCAUUGUUGACGAAUCCGAAGCUGGACACGUUUUACUACGUCGGAUUAAACGGCAUUUCAGUGGGCGGAGUCCGGGUCCCGGGCAUUACGCCGUCGCUUUUCAAGAUGGACCAGAUGGGCAGCGGUGGUGUAAUAGUGGAUUCAGGGACGUCCGUCACACGUCUGACCCGACCCGCUUACGUGGCGUUGAGGGAUGCUUUCCGGGCGGGGGCUUCGAACUUGAAGCGGGCCCCAGAUUUCUCUCUUUUCGACACAUGCUUCGAUCUGUCGGGGAAGACGGAGGUGAAGGUGCCGACGGUGGUGCUGCAUUUCGGAGGGGCGGACGUCUCGCUACCGGCGUCAAAUUACUUGAUUCCAGUGGACAGUGAAGGGAAGUUUUGCUUUGCAUUUGCGGGUACAAUGAGCGGGCUGUCGAUCAUCGGCAACAUACAGCAGCAAGGUUUCCGGGUGGUGUUCGACAUGGCAAGUAACAGGGUGGGGUUCGCAGCAAGGGGCUGUGCGUAAGGUAAAAGCUUAAGCAAAGGGAAUAAGAAGUGCUUUGCCUUUGCCUUUGCCUCUGAAUCAUCAUCGUGUCUUUUGUUUAUUCCUUUGUUUGAGUAGAUGCUGCUGUAAACUUUUGCUUUCAUUGAAAAACCCGACAUAGAAGUUAGGAUGAAAGAUGAAAUUAAUAGGGAGUAGUAAUUUCUGUGGGUUGAAUUAUGAAGUGAGAGCAGUAUUAUUGUAAUGGGUAAUGGAAAGCACAAAAGCGACGACGUUGGUACCCAAACUCAUGAGCUUUGUGUCUGAAUAAAAUAAAAAGGAUUUGAAUUGAACACAAA